GUGAACACUGCCUGCUGCUUUCUGAUGCUGGUGGCUAAGCUGAUCCAGUACAUGGUGUUUGGUCCUCUUCGUGUUAGCGAGAGACAGCAUCUCAAGGAUAAAUUCUGGAAUUUCAUUUUCUACAAGUUCAUCUUUAUCUUUGGCGUGCUGAAUGUUCAGACUGUGGAAGAAGUGGUCAUGUGGUGCCUUUGGUUCUCUGGGCUCGUGUUUCUUCAUCUCAUGGUCCAGCUCUGCAAGGAUCGCUUUGAAUACCUUUCCUUUUCUCCUACCACACCCAUGAGCAGCCACAUCAGAGUCCUCAGCCUGCUCAUAGCGAUGCUUCUGUCCUGCUGUGGAUUAGCAGUCGUCUGCGGGGUUAUCGGCUACUCCCACGGGAUGCACACUCUGGCUUUCAUGGCAGCAGAGUCUCUACUUGUGACAGUAAGAACCGCUCAUGUGAUUUUACGAUAUGUAAUUCAUCUGUGGGAUCUCAACCACGAAGGAACAUGGGAGGGCAAAGGCACUUACGUUUACUACACGGACUUUGUCAUGGAGCUAGCCUUGCUUUCGCUUGACCUGAUGCAUCAUAUUCAUAUGCUGUUAUUUGGCAAUAUCUGGUUGUCAAUGGCCAGCCUGGUGAUUUUCAUGCAGCUGCGUUACCUGUUCCAUGAAGUUCAGCGGAGAAUUCGUCGGCACAAGAACUACCUGCGUGUGGUCGGAAACAUGGAAGCCAUGUUUGCAGUUGCAACACCAGAAGAGCUGGCAGUCAAUAACGACGACUGUGCCAUUUGCUGGGACUCCAUGCAGUCUGCACGAAAACUCCCCUGCGGCCACCUCUUCCACAACUCGUGCCUGCGGUCCUGGCUCGAACAGGACACAUCUUGCCCCACCUGCAGAAUGUCUCUCAAUAUCAGUGACAACCAUCACGUGAGGGAGGAUCACCAGCGGGAGAACCUAGAGGAGAACCUGGUGCCUGUGGCAGUAGCAGAGGGCAGACCACGCUUGAACCAGCACAAUCACUUCUUCCACUUUGACGGCUCUCGAAUUGCCAGCUGGCUGCCCAGUUUUUCCGUGGAAGUGAUGCAUACUACAAACAUCCUCGGUAUUGCACAAGCCAGCAACUCCCAGCUUAAUGCUAUGGCCCAUCAGAUUCAAGAGAUGUUCCCUCAGGUUCCUUAUCAUUUAGUCCUACAGGACCUGCAGCUAACCCGUUCUGUAGAGAUAACCACUGACAACAUCCUUGAGGGGCGCAUCCAGGUGCCUUUCCCCACACAGCGUCCAGAUAAUGUUAGACCUGCACUGAACAGUUCUGUGGAACGGCAUAGUGCUGAUCAGGAGGAUACAGAAACUGUCACUCAGACUGAGAGAGUGCCACUCGAACUCAACUCCAGACUGGAGGAAAUGGCGGAAUUCACAGAAAUGGAAGCAGAACCCAGUGAAGCAGAAGAUUUUGAGGCCAGGGGAAGCCGCUUUUCAAAGUCAGCUGAUGAGAGGCAGCGUAUGUUGGUUCAGCGUAAGGAAGACUUGUUGCAGCAAGCCCGAAAGCGCUAUUUAAACAAAACCUCCGAUGAGGAGUUGAUCACAGAGAAGCCCUCUCCACCCGAGGGCGCUUCGGCCGAUCCUGUCACCCUGCGUCGCAGAACAUUAGCUGCUGCUGCUGAGCGGAGACUUCAGAUGCAGCAAAAUUCUUAGUGCUCACCACCCUUCCCUCUCCUCCACCUCAUGAGCAAUGUUGAAUAAAUAAAUCAAAUACAAAGAAACCUGCGCUUUCUGUACCAGCAGGAAAGUGUCUCAUCAGAGUUCAGCUAGCUGUGCUGCUGAGCUGGCUGCCUCUCUGCUGUAUAAAGCAUGUGGUCUAAUAAUGUUUGGACAGCUGACAAAUUAACCUUUUUUUGUAAUAUUUUCUAUGUGACGUUGAUCCCCUCCACAAACGAAGGCAGUUUCUAAACCACAGGCAUGAUUUCUGCAGCUAGCAUGAGGUGUUAGACUGACUGCACAGCAGAGGCUGGGGGAAGAGUGUGUCCAAAUUUGCAGCUGCAUGUACAGAUCACAGAGGGCACUGGCAUGUUUAGCUUGAGAUCAAGGAGAGUCAUUCCAAAAAGGGAAGAAAGCUUAGAAAUCUGCAGCAAAACUUGUAUUAAAUGAGCAGGCAUCUGCUCUUAAGUUACUGUUCGUCUCAAGAGUGAAUGAAGAGUGUUACAUAGGCCAGCCUGAAGGGCCAGAGUAGUAUUCCUGGAAAGCGAGCCUGGAUGGAAGUGGUCUAGCUACACAAAGUAGGAGGAAAAUAAGACCGUGAAUUUUGCAGUGAAGCACUAAUUCACAUUGAUUCCAGUAUAAAAUUGUUUACUGUUUCUGGGCUUUUCUGCACUUGCUGACUUCCAGCUCUGUGUGCUUCACCGGCCUGCACUAUUUUCCUUUGCCUUUU